UAUACAUGUUCGCAAAAUUACUUUACGUAUCCCUGCCAUUGACCUAAGUUCGUCAAUUUUCGCACUGACCACGCAGGUAAACAUUGUGAGAAAUAUGGAUGAAGAGAUAAAAAUCAUUGUUAAAUGGAGUGGAGCCGACUAUCCCGUGAACGACAUCGGCGAAAAUGACACUGUUCUCACGCUCAAAGAAAAAAUACAAAAGCUCACGGGCGUCAGGGUUGACAGGCAAAAACUUCUCAAUCUUAAAUUUAAAGGAAAACCUGCACAAGAUGACGAUAUUGUAAGCGAACUAGGGCUCAAGCCUGGUUACAAAUUAAUGAUGAUGGGAUCACGAGAGAAAGAUAUUGCUGAAGUCAACGAAGUUCCAGAAGAUAUGCCAGAAGUUGUUAAUGACUUAGAUAUUGAAGAAGAAGAAGUAGAAAUUGAGAAAGCUGAAAUAUACUUGGCUAAAAUUCAAAGAAGAAUUGAUACUUAUAAAAUUGAAGAACUUAAUCCUUUAAGAGAAGGCAAGAAAUUGCUUGUUCUAGAUAUAGAUUAUACUUUAUUUGAUCAUAGAUCAGUGGCUGAAUCUGGAAUCGAAUUGAUGAGGCCAUAUCUUCAUGAAUUUCUUACCAGUGCAUAUAAAAAUUAUGACAUUGUUAUUUGGUCAGCCACUAAUAUGAAAUGGAUUAAUGAAAAAAUGAAACUUUUGGGAGUAUCUAACAAUCCAAACUAUAAAAUUGCUUUUCAUCUAGAUUCUCUUGCUAUGAUAUCUGUUCAUACUCCCAAGUAUGGAGUGGUAGAUGUCAAACCGUUGGGUCUGAUUUGGGGAAAAUACAAACAAUUUUCAGCUAAAAAUACCAUAAUGUUUGAUGAUAUUAGAAGAAAUUUUAUUAUGAAUCCUCAAUCUGGACUGAGAAUAAGAGCUUUUAGACAAGCUCACCUAAAUAGACAGAAAGAUAGAGAAUUACUUAAAUUAUCAAAAUAUUUAGAGUUAAUUGCCCCUCUCGAUGACUUUCAAACUCUUAAUCACAGGAAAUGGGAAGAGUAUAGAUUAAAAAAGAAAUGAGAAAAUUAAUGCGGCAUGGACAACUUAUACUCAGAACAAUAUGAUUUAUUUUAAUUAGAAAGUAUUUUUUAUUAAUUAAUAAAGUUGCAAGAAAAAAAUAUUAAUUUUUAAAGUAAUUGAUCAAUUUUGCGCUAUCAUUCAAGCAUACUUAAUUAUUAAUGCUAUAAAAUAUUAUAUAUACUAGCUGUACUCUGGCAAUUAAUUUGUCUGUAUUUAAUUGAAUUUUUUUUGUAAAAAUCAUUCAUCGUGUAAAAUAAAGGAAUAUUUUAUUUUAUA